CGCGUCGGCGUGUGAUGUCAUUGCGCCGCGUCGGCAGGCUGUGAAUUGCUGUCUCACAAGGCCGGCGCUUCAGUCAAAGCCACGGACUGACUUGACUUGACUUGACUCUCAGUGAGCGGGACCCGCAAUGGAGUACUUAGUCGGCAUCCAGGGCAGGGAUUUUGUACUGGUGGCGUCCGAUACCGUGGCUGCCAGCAGCAUCAUCGCCAUGAAGCACGAUUAUGAUAAAAUGUUUAAACUAAGUGAGAAGAUCCUACUGUUGUGUGUUGGAGAAGCUGGAGACACUGUCCAAUUUGCAGAAUACAUUCAGAAAAAUGUACAGCUUUACAAAAUGAGAAAUGGUUAUGAAUUGUCUCCGACAGCAGCUGCUAACUUCACCCGCAAAAACCUGGCAGAGUACCUCCGAAGCCGGACACCGUACCAUGUGAACAUGCUCCUAGCGGGUUAUGAUGAGCAUGACGGCCCUGCACUUUAUUAUCUGGACUACCUGGCAGCUCUGGCUAAAGCACCUUUUGCUGCCCAUGGAUACGGAGGUUUCCUGACGCUCAGUAUUUUAGACCGAUACUACAAACCAGAUCUCACGCGCGAAGAGGCCAUUGAGCUCUUGAAGAAAUGCUUUCUAGAGAUCCAGAAACGAUUUAUUCUGAACCUCCCCACCUUUACUGUUCGGAUCAUUGAUAAGGAUGGUGUUCAUGAUAUGGAACAGAUUACAAUGUCAAAGAUAUAAUUGUCCUUUUUUUUGGCUUUUUUUUUACUUGUAGAAAUUUAUUAUGUAUAUGAGCCCAAUAAAGCCUAAGGUUCACACAAA